GCUUGAACUGCAGCCUGAACACAGAGGUGGUCACAAUCACUCUACGGACAUAAUUCAGGUAUCACCACCGGCGCAUGUUAGCCCAUUUCUUCCGCUGCCUUUCCCACUGACACAGGCUUUGUUCUUCUUCAUCUCGUUCCAUUUUUUUAUCUUUGUCUCACCCAAAAGCAGCACCCUCAACCCUCCAAAGGCCUUUCUCUCUGUGAGCCUGUUUUCCCUCUAUAAAACCCUUUCUCAGUUUCUCUCUCUGAGUCUCAUGAUUUUGUGGGUGAUAUGUUGUUUCUAUGGUUCUCCUUUCUUUAGAAGUGAACACCCAUUUGUUAUUGUAACCACCCAGACCCCAUUGAACUUCUCUCGCUACAGCUCUCUCUAGAACAGUCUCUCCGUAACAGUGGCAUUGUCAUUUUUCAUGAGUUUCAACUGUUGUACAACUUUAAAAUGUUGUUCAAUCUUGACGAACAUCAAGUUCUAGGUUUUUGACAAUUACCAGGCUGAGAGUCUCAAUUUGGUGACAUAUACACUAUGUCGCAUCCCAGCAGAGCUAAUGAACAUAGUUAUGACUUUAAGUGGGGCAUUAAGAGUGGAAUGGGUGGAAAGAAUAGAGAUCUGCAGUUUUACGAGUCAUUUACUUACGAUGGUGUGGAGUACUUUCUUUAUGAUUGUGUAUAUUUGUAUCAAACUGGUCAACUUGAAACCUAUAUUGGUAAGCUUGUAAGAAUAUGGGAGACACCGACCCGAGAAAAGAAAGUGAACAUUGUGUGGUUCUUUCGUCCUGUUGAUAUACGCAGACACUUGGGAGAUGAUGUACCACACUGGAAUGAGAUAUUUUUAGCUUCUGGGGAGGGUAAAGGCAUUUCCAAUAUCAAUGCUCUGGAAGCUCUGGGUGGAAAAUGCAAAGUUGUCUGCACAUCUAAUGACAAGAGAAAUCCUCGAGUGUCUCAAGUAGAACUAAGAGAGGCCGAUUACAUGUUUUAUCGUACCUUUGACAUUGGGAGCCUCAAAAUUUCAGAUAAUUUUGCAGAUCUAAUAGAUGGAAUUAAAGUGGAAUACUUUUUCAACAGGAAAAAGGACCAAAAGCUACUUAAUCCUCGCAAUAUCAAAGCAAAUUUGGAGGUCAGGACUCAAACAAUUGAUUCAACUUCCAAAUCAGAUAUGAGUACAUUAGACAUGUGGCCUCUUAAGAAGAGAAAGCUUCUACUCAGUACUGAAAAAGAGUUGCCAGGACUUGGGCCCAAUACCUCUCCUCCAUCAGAACUAGGGGAGAGAAGUAACAUGAGAACUUUGCUGCCAUUGCGAAUUGCUUCUAAAAGGGACCCUGAGAAGUUAACUGUGUCUCUUCCAGGAUUACCUAAACAUGAAGAAAAAAAUCUGAAUCCCAAAGAUUCAACUAGCCAGAAUAGGGCACGCCCUAAAAAGGUGAAAUUUGAUGAGAAAGCUAUCACAAUUCCUGAUAAGGCAGCUCCACAACCUGCACAGAAUGAGGGCAUCAAAGCUCGCACUGGAUCCAUGGAUGAUACUAGGAGGCUGGAUGCUGACAGGAGGAGUUGGUUCAAAGAACUACCCUGGGAUAAAAGAAUACAAAGGGCUCAUGAACAAGGCACCCUGGUUUUACUAGAAAAUCUAGAUCGAUUCUAUACUUCAUCAGAGGUCGAGGAUCUGGUAUGGCAUGCUUUUAAAGUAAGGGCCACUGCGAAGAUGAUACAGUGCGGUACUUUUUCUAGCCCACACAAUGGCAAAGCUUUUGUUAUAUUCAAGUUGAAAGCUACAGCUGAUAUGGUAAUAUCUCAGUUAAAUGCAAGAUGUUUAAUGCUGGCAGAUGGAAGACCAGUUGUUGGUCACAGAAAAGCGCCAACUGACCCAAGUAAACCAGCCAGCUUUGUUGGGCAUCUGUUCAUAGACAAAAUCAGAUUUCAAAGGCAGCCUGAAUAUAUGAGAAAUGCAGUUUCGACGUCGCAUUAUUCUCAGCCCAAUACAAUUGAAUUUGAUUUGGCUACAGAAUGGCGUAUGCUGCAAGAAAAAUCUGUUCUAUGGUGGAAGGCAUUGUAUGAGCUUUCUAGCGACAUUCGAAGGAGAUACAAGACCUCAAGUGCCAGCUGAAGCACAUCUUCUGAGCAUUUACAGUUUUCUGGGUUUUCUGGAAAAUUGUGUUUUUGUUGAUAUAUAGGAAGGGUAUAUGAAGUGUACCCAUUUUGGAUGCUAUACAGGGUUCAAUCUAUGCUGAGACUAGUGUGUAUAGAUGGUAUAAACUCAGAGAAGGAAAUUCAAUUUUGGUGUAAAUUCUUGCCUUUUGGGGCUUAGGCAGAUAGAAUUAUUAGUACGAGGAGCUGGUUUGUAUGAAUCGUACAAAUUGUCAGAGUGAAAUCCAAUGACAUCAGAUGGCAAUAGUGGCUGAAGGGGAGUAAGAUUGAAGUACAUGUUAGAAGUUAGUGGUGUCCUACAAUUUGCUCUAUUUGAUCCCUCAGAAGUGCUUUUGUGUAUGGAAAAUGGAUAGUGUGUUCUUUUUAAUAUGAUGCUAUUCAUCUAAUGACAUCUUUCUGCUCUAACGGAGCUUUUAAAA